UGGAGGCGCCUUUGAUGGGCUAAGAGGUUCGUCCGCUGCUCGGCGCCGACUCAUAACAGUCUUUACGUCUGAGUUUUUCCCCUAAGAACCUAUUUUAUUCUUCGUAUUGGUGGUAAAAUAACACCGCGACGGUUCGGUCUGUGGAGCUAGCCGACGAUUACAAGAAACUUGAUGUGACCGCGCCGUGGCAGAACUCGCCCCGUCUACCUCCAAUCCUCGGUGCCUCACCCCAUGACUUCAGAUGACAGAUAAACCUUUGAGGGGAGACCCCAUCCUCACCCUGGAUCCCCCUCUUCCUGCGGACCCCUGACGGCGCACAGAGCUUUCCUCGCCUUCCUAGAGUCUCUGCAGCGUUUUCAACCCCUCCACGUGGAGGUGGACCUCUCCUACAUCUGCUGUUCCAAAGAUCUCCCCCCCCCAUCCCCUUUUUUAUUUUAUUUUAUUUUAUUUUUCUCCUGGUUGGUUGGAGUCCGGUUCUGCCGGCCGUGUGAGUUUUCAAAGCUGGGGCGCGAUUCAUGGGAUGCAACCAUGUCGGGUCUCAAUGAGCGCAGGCCGGUCAACACGGACUACGCUGUCUCCCUGCUGGAGCAGCUCAAGUUCUUUUAUGAACAGAAGUUACUGACGGAUGUGGUGCUGCUGGUGGAGGACACGGAGUUCCCGUGUCACAAGAUGGUCCUGGCUGCGUGUAGCUCCUAUUUCAGGGCGAUGUUCAUGAGCGGCCUCAGCGAGAGCAAGCAGACACACGUCCACCUGAGGAACGUGGACCCCGCCACUCUGAAGAUCAUCAUCGCCUACGCCUACACAGGCCACCUGGCCAUCAGCGACAGCACGGUGGAGCCGCUCUACGAGACCGCCUGCUUCUUACAGGUUGAAGACGUCUUGCUGCAGUGCAGAGACUACCUGGUGAAGAAGAUCAGCGCUGAAAACUGCGUCCGCAUGAUGAGCAUCGGCGACCUCUUCAGCUGCAGCGAGUUAAAGCAGAGCGCCAAGCGUAUGGUGGAGCACAAGUUCCCCAGGGUUUACCGACAGGAAGCCUUCCUGCAGCUCUCCCACGAGCUCCUCAUAGACAUCCUGAGCAGCGACAACCUCAACGUGGAGAAGGAGGAGACGGUGCGUGAGGCGGCCAUGCUGUGGCUGGAAUACAACAUGGAGGCGCGCUCCCAGCACCUGUCCUCUGUGCUGAGUCAGAUCCGCAUCGACGCGUUGUCGGAGGUGACGCAGCGCGCCUGGUUCCAGGGUCUUCCGCCCAACGACAAGUCCGUGGUGGUGCAGGGCCUCUACAAGUCCAUGCCCAAGUUCUUCAAGCCUCGUUUAGGCAUGACCAAAGAGGAGAUGCUGAUCUUCAUGGAGGCCAUGUCGGAGAACCAAGGCGAUGUCUACGUCAUGCAGAUGUCUGUGCCGACCAUAGUGUGUUACAGCCCACAGGCCGAGAAGGUGUACAAGCUGUGCAACCCCCCCGGAGACCUGCAGAAGGUGGGGACCCUCGUUACCCCGGACAACGACGUCUACAUUGCCGGCGGCCAGAUCCCGCUCAAAAACUCGAUCGCCAACCACGGCAGGAGCGGGAAGCUACAGGCCGUGUUCCGCUCGGUCGAUAGCUUCUUCUGGUUCGACGCGCAGCAGAACGCCUGGGUGCCCAAAACGCCCAUGCUGUGCGCCCGCAUCAAGCCGUCGCUGGUCUACUGCGACGGCUACAUCUAUGCAAUCGGCGGCGACAACGUGGGAGGAGAGCUGAGCAGGCGCACGGUGGAGCGCUAUGACUGCGAAAAGGACGAGUGGACCAUGAUGAGCCCGUUGCCCUUCGCCUGGAACUGGAGCACCUCGGUGGUGGCUCACGACUGCAUCUACGUGAUGACCCACGACCUGAUGUACUGCUACUUCCCCCGGGCCGACACCUGGGUGGAGAUGGCCAUGCGCAAGACGAGCCGCUGCUUCGCCUCGGCCGCCGCCUUCGGAGACCUCAUCUUCUACAUCGGCGGCCUCCACGUGGUCAGCAACUCCGGCAUCCGCAUGCCGACCAGCACCAUCGACGGCUCCUCCCUCACCGUGGAGAUCUACGACGUCAACAAAAACGAGUGGCGCUUGGCGGCGAACAUCCCGGCCAAGCGCUACUCGGAUCCAUGCGUGCGGGCCGUGGUGCUGCUCAACUCGCUCUGCAUCUUCAUGAGAGAGACCGGCAUGAACGAGCGCGCCAAGUACGCCAUCUACCAGUACGACAUGGAGCUGGACCGCUGGUUCCUGCGCCAGCCCGUGUCCGAGCGGGUCCUCUGGGACCUGGGGAAGGACUUCCGCUGCGCCGUCGGCAAACUGUACCCCUCCUGUUUGGAGGAAUCUCCAUGGAAACCCCCAACAUACCUCUUCUCCCCCGACGGAGGCGAGGCAUUCGACAUUGACGGGGAGCUGAUGACCCUCCCCCACGUAUAGCUCCUAUCUCCCCCCCUCCACAACGUUGCUGAAGCGUGAACAUGAUGGGAGGGGGGGGUGGCUACUGUAGCGUCUAAAGGGUCUGACGCGAGUUCUGGAGAGGGAUCGCCGGACUCGAGGCUCGUACCGUCGAAACAAGCUUUGAGCGAAUCGAUGCCCCUCGGGGGAGGAAAAAAAAAAACCCGCGACCCGUUUUCCUUUUGGUUCUGUUUUAUUAUGUCAGUGGUGACAUCUGUUAGAUUUUUCUGUUGGUCAUACUGUUUCUACAAUGUGAUAAUCUCAAACUAAUUUGAUGGCGAGGAGGAGGAUGAUGCACUUAACAGGUAAACCUUUAGGUUAACGACGAUGGAAACUGAACCAAAAUCUCUCCUCUGGAAGGAAAUACUCCACAGAAAAUCAAAGAUUACAAAUCUGGAUAGAAAAUGAAAUGCUUUUAAGAGCUUCUCUUUUGAAAGACUUGAGUUUUGAUAAAUAUUUAUACAGCUUUAAUAAAGUAAAGGGAUAAAAGAGAAGCAGUUGGGCUAAAGUUUUUUUUUUGUUUUGUUUUUUUUGGCUCUGGGUCGGUUCACUCCAUUUAUUCCAAUCUGCAUUUUGGCGUCUCAUUUAAAAGAUUCAUGGUUCAUUUUUUAAUGAAUUAUGUUAAAUAUCAAAUGCAUAAAGGAGGAAAACUGCUUUAGGUUCUCUUAUAAAGUAUAUGUCUAUCAUCCAUCUGAAAAUAAGGGAGUUUAUGCAUCAAUAUUCUCUCCGUAGCUUUGAUUUAUCAGCUGACUGAAACAAUUCAGUCCCUGCCAACUCCCAUUUUAUACCAUCAAUAUCAACCUCAUUUUCUUUCUGUAGGUUAAUCUGAACCACAGAAAGAUUAAAACUACCGUAUUCAUCCCCAGAGGGAAGAAAAGUCAAGACGUCAAACAGGAUCUAAAAAUUUUCUCGUGGGUUGAUUAUAGUCCAGUUAUCGGUAGCAUCACAGCUUUUAUGUCUCAACAUCAAUCGGCACUAAACAAAAAACUAAAAUGUGUGAACCGGUGUGAUCCCCAUCAUUCAUGAAAAGGAUGACGGAUCAUGACCCACAUGGCCGUACCUGGAGCAUGAGCAGAUUAUUGCAAAACACGUCCGCUGCCAUUUCAUCCACCUGUUUUCCACACUUUUAAUCAUUUCAUACCCAACUUGUUCUAUGGUUUUAGUCAGUUUUUUUAUAGAUCAGUGGUCUUAAAGUGUUAAAGUUCCAUUGAUGGGUGGAUUUAAUGUUUUAUUUGGGGUCGAAUCUCAUGAAACACCUCCUGACCAAUCAUGCUGACUCCAAUCAAACUCCUGUUGAUUGGUGUUUCAUUUUAGAAAUAUUUCAAAUAGUUGGUCGACAGAUUACAAACUGACCUAAAGCCGACCUAAAACGUCCUUCUAAAUGGAUCGA